AUGGAGUUCACGCGCUCCGAUAGUGACGGAGCGUCCCAAAGUCGAAAAAGAAAGAGGGUCGACGAAGUCGUCACGGACGGAGGUCGUCGCCGAAAUGUUUCUCCUCUGCGCCCUCUUCCUACCCAUUCCCCUCUGCAGCUCAGUUCCUUCAACAAAGGCCCUCCCUUGAACAACAACACUUUCUUAGAUCAACCUCUUCGCUCACCUCAAAUGGCCUCGACGGGGUAUCAGGACAUCCUCCGUCCUACAGGUACCUCCAGUAAUCAUCUUCAGACUGGCAUGUACUCUCCCAGUCCCCAUGACUACAUUCAUCGGUUACAGAGACCCGUUGCACUUUCUAAGGGUUCGAUUAAUGGCGACAAUUCUCCUGGAAACUUUGCACAGAGUGGUGCUCAUCCUUCCAAGAAUGGCGGACUCAGUCACAGCGACGUGUCGCAAGAACCCGGCACAGACACAUUCAACAACGGUUCUCUUGUAGGUGACAACGCCUAUCUCGAUCGGCCUCUUCAUGAACCUCAGCAAACUCAUGCGUUGCAAUCAUCUUUACCUCAAUUUGGCAACAAUUCUCCGUGGGAUAUCCCUUUUUACCAAGAUCACGAAUACAAACAACAACAGGACCACCAGCUUAAGGCCUACUCACCUCUUCAUGAUACAAAUCAGCCAAAUCAACAGCAUCCGGUCCUGGACCCUGCCCCCCAAAGGAAUAUGCUACAGGUUCGCGACAGGGUCUCUCAAGAUCUCAAGUUCGACAACUUGCCUUUGCUGGGGGACAACUCCCAAUCUUUUGCGUCUGGUUCGCCUGGUGACAUGUGGAACAUGUCAAUGACACCAGAGGAUUUACCUCCCAGACAAAACCUUCCGUCUCCCAGUCAACCCCUAUCGUCAAACUAUCAGUUCGGCCACGGCAAUUGGGCAGAGUUCAUGGGUGUGGAGAUGGAGGAUGCUACUAUCCGCAACAAUCUUGAAUUUGCGGAUAGUCCGGUCAUCCCAGAUAGGCUGCGCUUUCAAGGUGUCAAGUCGCUGGAAGAGCAAGCCCAUGUCCAGGGACAGCUGGUCCAAAUGGCCCAACAGGCUGUAAACUCUUUUCAAAAUAACAUUCCCAUCUCAAACCAUUUGGAACACCUGAUGAGUUCCAAUGGCGAUCCCUGGCAGGUUUUAAGUCCAUCAUCAAUCCAUCAGGAGAUCCAGCCUCAGCAGACCCAGUCAUAUCAGAUGCAGCCUCAACAGAUGCAGCCUCAACAGAGCCAAUCACAUCAAAUCCAGCCCCAGCAGAUUGAGUCAUAUCAGAUCCAGCCAUGGCAGAUCCAGGCUGAGGAAAUCCAGCCUGAGCAGAUCCAGCCGGCGCAGAUCGAGCCUGAGCAAGUAGCCGCGGCCGCAACCCCUCAACCCGCGCCCAACCCUACCGCUAAUCAAAAUCAGCCAAUCAAGAUGUGUAAAGAGCCCGGCUGCAACCAGCCAAGACUGUUCCAGACAUCGAGGGCCAGAAAGUGCCAAGAGCACUUGGAAAACCCGCUGCCCGAGUCUCGUUUGCAUGCCCUAGACCAGGGCGCCACGGCCGGCCAAGACAUGUGCAGCGGCUGCAAUGGGCUUCGCCCUCGCCGCGCUCCUAACAAGACCUGCUGGGAGUGUUUCUGCAAGGGACGACGCCAACGGUGGGGGGUCUGCGAUGGCUGUCCAGCUUUUUGGUGCCCGAAGCGGGUUGUGGAGGAGGCCUGA